AUGGAGGGACAGAAGGAGGAAAGGGAGAGGGCAGCUAGUGCACAUCUGUGCAUAACUGCAAUUAGGAGAGCCAGCUGGGUGCGGUUGCAAGAUGAGGUACCCAAGCCAAACGAUGGCUGA